CUUCCUUCUCACUCCUCCCAUUUCCCUUCUCUCUUCAAUUACUAAACGUUAAUUCAUCUCAACACCUCACUCUCUCCUCUCUACUACUGCCAUGCUCAUGGCCUCCGACCACCCCCCCUUCUCCCCCGCCUUCCGCCGCAUCACCGAAGAACAAGAACUCUCUGUCAUCGUCGACGCUCUCACCCAAGUCGUAUCCGGCGCCCCCUCCUCCGCCCUCUCUUUCCACCACGACCAUUUCCUCCGCGUCCUCUUCCCUCCUAUUAACCCCACUCCUCCCUUCUCCUCCUCUUCAGAGUUCGACACAUGUCCUCUCUGUAAAAUCAACGGUUGCCUAGGCUGCCACUUCUUCUCCGCCCCCGCCUCUACCACUACUACAACCGCCAACGCCGCCAACAAAAACAACAAUUCCGGGCGCCGAGUGAAGCGUCUGAAGAAGAAUUAUAGAGGCGUCCGACAACGCCCUUGGGGGAAAUGGGCGGCUGAAAUCCGUGACCCGAUACGUGCGGCACGUGUCUGGCUUGGUACAUUCAAUACCGCUGAAGAUGCCGCACGUGCUUACGAUGAAGCUGCUAUUAAAUUCCGUGGCCCACGUGCCAAACUUAAUUUCCCCUUCCCUGAUUAUUCCUUAUCCUCCACAUUCCAUUCUUCUCCCCCUCCGGCUUCUACCACCACCUCCGCCUCCGCCUCCUUCUCCCCUGCCGCACCACCACCACCACCGCUCCUCCCAACCAGUACUACUACCUCCUCAUCUAUGAAAAUCGAGAUCACCCAAAACAACAUCCCAUUUCCAGAAUUUUUCAUCAACGACGAAGAUGGCGACGUUCAAAGAUAUCUCUUCGAUUAUGAUAAUCAAUCAAGAAGCUUGUAAAACUGAAUUCAUAAUUCUUUCUACUAAUUUCUUUUUUUUUUUACAAUUAGGGAAAGAAAACAGAUAUAUUCUUUUCUAAAUUAUGGUCACAUUAUUUGUUGUACGUUAGAAAUUGUAGAACAAUAGUGAAGCACAGGAAGGUGGUAAUAUUGUUGUAGGAUACUAUAUCCAAAAACGUGCAAUCAUGUUAUGACACGUGUACAAUUUUUUAAAUUAAAAAAAAUCACGUGUUUAAUUAAAGAUUAAGUCAAAUAAAUGAGAUUAAAACACGGAUUCAUUCUUAAUUAGGCAAUGAAUAAAUAAAAUUAAAGGGAAUUUAGAAGUGAUUAUA